CAACUCUCUUUUUGUUUUUUAAAGAAAAAGUAGGGAUUCUUCACUGCCACUUCUCUAAAAGAUUAUUUUUCUCUUUUUAUCUAUUGUUAUCUUUUUCCCUUUUUGUUUUCUUUUUCCUUUUCCUUUUGUUUACUUUUUUCUCUCUUUGCUUCCUUUUUUUUCUCUCUUUGCUUCCUUUUUUUCUCUUUGCUUCCUUUUUUUCUCUUUGCUUCCUUUUUUCUCUCUUUGCUUCCUUUUUUUUCUCUUUGCUUCCUUUUUUUUUCUCUUUUUUCCUUUUUUUUCUCUUUUUGCUUCCUUUUUUUUUUCUCUUUGCUUCCUUUUUUUUUCUCUCUUUGCUUCCUUUUUUUUUUCUCUCUUUGCUUCCUUUUUUUUUUCUCUCUUUGCUUCCUUUUUUUUUCUCUCUUUGCUUCCUUUUUUUUUUCUCUUUGCUUCCUUUUUUUUUCUCUUUUUUCCUUUUUUUUCUCUCUUUAUUCCUUUUUCUCUCUUUGCUUCCUUUUUCUCUCUUUGCUUCCUUUUUUUUCUCUUUUGCUUCCUUUUUUUUUCUCUCUUUGCUUCCUUUUUUUUUUCUCUCUUUGCUUCCUUUUUUUUUUCUCUCUUUGCUUCCUUUUUUUUCUCUUUUCCUUCCUUUUUUUUCUGUCUUUGCUUCCUUUUUUUCUCUUUGCUUCUCUCUUUUUUUUUUUUCUCUUUGCUUCCUUUUUUUUCUCUCUUUUGCUUCCUUUUUUUCUCUCUUUGCUUCCUUUUUUUCUCUUUGCUUCCUUUUUUUCUCUCUUUGCUUCCUUUUUUUUUUCUCUCUUUGCUUCCUUUUUUCUCUCUUUGCUUCCUUUUUUUUCUCUUUGCUUCCUUUUUUUUUCUUUUGCUUCCUUUUUUUUUCUCUUUGCUUCCUUUUUUUCUCUUUUGCUUCCUUUUUUUUCCUCUCUUUGCUUCCUUUUUUUUUUUCUCUCUUUGCUUCCUUUUUUUUUUCUCUCUUUGCUUCCUUUUUUUUUUCUCUCUUUGCUUCCUUUUUUUCUCUCAUUCAUCUCCUUUUAUUUUCCUUCUUUUAUUUUUCUUUCUCGCAAUUAUUCACUUUUCUUUCUUAUUCGCUCUCUCUUUUCUCUCUUUAUUUGCUUCUCUCCAUUUUUAUACAAAUAUGA